AUGGCAAACCCAAUUUAAGGAAAUGAUCUUAAUAUUGAGUUGCAAAAUACUUUAAAUGAUGAAAAAAAAUUAGAUAGCAAUAACAUGAUGGCAAAUACUUAGAGAAAUAAUGUCAGCUAAAUUGACUCAGAAGUUAAAUUUUUAGAUAAGGUUCCUGUAGAUAUUAGUCUAGCAGAAAAGCAUGGAAAAGCUAAAAAAGUAGCUAAGCCUGUUUAAGAUUGUAAAGAAUUUUGUUAAUGCUGUGGUUAUCCAGUUGAUAACCAAGAGAUAAGUAUGUUUUGUGAUAAUGAAGAGCUAUCAUUUUUAGGGCCUGGUAUACCUCUUUAUUUUGGCUUUAUAAAAGCUUCUUUAAUAUUUCUAACUAUAACUGCUUUGAUCUACACUAUUUAUGGAAUGAUUCUUAAUCACUUAGGUAGUUACUGCUUUGUUCCUAUAAAAGGUUUUACUCUCCCACCAGGAGCAUGCUUUAAAAAUUUGUUCAAUGAAUAUUCUUUAGUUAACAGGAUGGACGAUAAGGAUGCAGUUAGACAUUAAAACUGGGUUAACUUGGUUUCAGUAGUAGUGCUUGUGAUAGCAUUACAUUUGUACAGAAGAUAAAUGAGAGCAGUUGAAGAUUACUUAGACUUUGAUUUAAUCAGUCCUAGUGAUUUCACUGUUUAAUUAUCUGGGUUACCUCCAAAUUUCCAAGAGCCUGACAUUAGAAAACUUUUAAAUGAUUGGUGGGAUAACUAGUCUUAGCAAACUAAAGAUUCUAUAGGUCAGUUUGUAAUUGAAAAAGUCAGCAUAGCUUAUGAUGUUAAAGAUUAUUUACAAAAGAGUAGCGAGAAAAACAAAAUUAAUCUAUAAAUAAGAAAAAAUGAAUAUUAUUAUAAAAUUAAUAAAAAAUAUCCCCCAAAAUAACCAGCUACUGAGGAGCUAAAGGCUAAAAGGAGAGAAAUUGAAGAUUAAAUUUCUGCUUUAGAAAAAGAAGUUUUUGAUGGAAAUUACAAUAAAACUACUCCACACGCUUUUAUCACUUUCAAUAACAGAAAAGUGAUGGAUUAUGUUACUGAAAGUCAACAUAUUUCUUUUUUACAAAGAUUUUGGCUUAGAGUUAAAGUGUGCUUUGGAAGUGAAAUUUAUGAAAUUUUUAAUGUUUCUCGUGAAGGUAAAACAUAUAUAAUCAAUGUUCAUAGAGCACCUGAACCAACUGAUAUAAACUGGGAGAAUUGCAGUGCUUCAAGCUUUUAAUAGUUCAGCAGAAGACUUUUCACGUGGAUUUGUACUUUAAUAAUUCUAUGUUUCUGCUUUGUAUUGAUAUACUUGAUAAAUAAAUGGCAAUAUAAUGUCAACUAAGACAAUAAAAGAAAUACUAAUGAUACUUUCGUUAAAGCUCAGCUCAUUUUACUCUCACUAUUUUCAUCUUUAGCAAUUGUUAUCAUUAACUCAAUGUUGGUUAUCAUCUUAAAGUUAUUGUCUUUCAUUGAACUAUAACCUACAGUAACAGAUACAAAUAUCAGUGUUUCAGAAAAGCUAAUUAUUGGUCAAUUUUGUAAUUCAGCUUUGAUUACUUUAGUUGUUAACUUCACCAUAGAUGUUGACUCAUUUUGGGGAAGCAGUGGUAUUACAAACGAUUUUACUCUUAUUGCUUUAUCAAAUUGUGUUGUGCCUCCACUCUUAAAUAUAUUUAAUCCAUAUUACUUCUUGCGUCUUUGCAAGAGAAGAUAGAUUAGAAAUGAUAAAAAUGGAUACUAUAGUCAAGGGGAAGCUCACUAGCAAUUUGAGGGCGGUCCUGUAGAGAUGUAUAUUAAAUAUGCUGCAGCUAUAAAAACCUUAUUAAUUAUAGGUUUUUAUACUCCUUUAUCACCUUAUUUACCUAUGUUGGGAAUGAUCACAUUAUUUUUUAGUUACUUAACAGAUAAGUAUGUUUUAAUCAAUCGUUGUGCAAGACCAAAUUCACUAGGAAGCGAUUUAAAUAAGGAUAUGAUUGAAUUUGCUGAAUACUUUCCGCUGAGUAUAGCAAUAGGUAAUUUAGUAUGGAUGAGAAAACUAGAAAUUAAUGAUCAACAGUCACUCAUUUUACAACUAGUAGCGAUUGGAAUAAGCGCUUUAAAUUUUAUAAUUCCAUCUUCGAAAUUAAACAAGAUGAUAUUUAAAAUAGAAGAACUGGAUGAUACUUAACGCACUGGAGAUUAUUAGAAAUAGCAAUAUAAUUUCGCAAACGAUUACGAUCGCUGCAAUCCUAUAACAAAAGAAAAAGCAAUUAAAUCCUUCUUUUAAGAAUUGAAAUAAAGGGAUGCUGGAAAAGCAUAAUAGUUAAAAUAAUAGAUGAUUUAUGAAAAUCCAGAAAAUAAAUAGUAUUUAAAAUCUGUCUUCCCUUAAUCGCAAUUUUAUUAGCCAGCUUAAAAUAGCAACAACACUUCUGGAUAUGUUUAACAAAAUCCUUAAAUGUAUUCCUAAAAUACAGGAUUUAUACCUACCUAAUUGUUAGGAAUUCCUCAAGGAAAUUAAUAUGGAGCUGUAAAUUAAUAUCAAUAACCUUAGCAUGAUCAUUUACCUCAAGUAGCUAAUCCAAUGUUAGGAGGAGUAAAUACUCAGCCAUUUAAUGUAGUUGGAGCUAUUCCUCCAUAUUCACAAGUAAAUUAAAAUUAUUCUCCUCAUUAAGCUUAUUAGUAGUAAUAGUAAUAAAUCAAUGCUCUCACAGGAUAUCAAUAUCCAAACUAAGUACCUUUUUAAAAUAACAUGUUUGGAGCAUAGCCAUAGUAGUAGCCUGGAUAUAAUUAUUAUGAUAAUACAAACAUGGUUCCUCAUCAAAAUAGAUUUGCUUGA